AUGAACUUUUCAAUGUUUUUCAAUUCAUGGAUAAUUUUUGUGGCUUUCGUUGAUGGAGUUUUAAAGCCUGUAACACAAAAUUUGGAAGUUCUUUCAGUUUCUAAAGCAAUCAAUGAAAUAAUUGACGAGUUUUAUGUAAAAAACCAAAUCCAAUUUGAUGUUCGAGUUGUUCGAGAAUAUUCUGGACUUUUGAAUCCAAUUGUUGAUGGACUUUUGGCUGUGAUUAAGGAUCAAAACUCUUAUACUUUGUAUGCUAGCAAUCCAGAUAUGAAAACUGGUUUUGGACUCAAAUCAUCUGCGAUUUUUCUUUCAUUUUCAUGUUCGGAUUACUCACUGAUCCAUAAAGUAACUCGACUCUGGAAUUAUUAUCCAAAAAACUUGAAAUUUUUGACUUUUAUUCAAAGCUGUGGACUCGAAUAUUUUAACAGUAAUUUAAAGUACAUCACCAAUACACAAAGAUUGUCAUAUAAAUCAGGAAGUUUAGACAUGUUUGAAUUCAUCCUCAUCAAUGAUCAAGACAUUUUAUACCUUACAACAAUCGAAUGGUUCACAGAAUCAGCAUGCAAUCAGCCACAACUUAUAAUCCUCAAUAAAUUCAAUAAAACCUCACAAAAAUGGUUCAAAAAAUUACAAAAUUAUGAAAAAUUCAAAAAUUUUCAUGGCUGCAACUUGACAUUGGGUGUUGAUGCCGAAAACAAUGAUGGCUCAUGCUGGGGAGCAAUCGAUUUAAAAGCGAAUUUUCAAAUUAUUGGAUUAGGACCUUGCAUCUUUAAUUAUCUUUCACAAAUUCACAACUUUACAUCAAAAAUAUACCCAAUAACUAAUAAAAUCCCAGAAAGUGCCGUCAAUGUGCUGCUUUUUGUAUUCCGCUUUGAAUUUAAUGACAUUCGUUACUUCCAUGUAACUUCAAUGUUUGUUCAAGCUGAAGAUAUUAUUGUAACAACUCCUGGUGAGCUGUACAGUCCAUAUGAGAAGCUUUGGCUUCCUUUUGAUGACACGACUUGGGUUAUGCUAUAUUUGACAUUCCUUGCGGCUUUUAUUACAAUUUUAUUAGUCAAUCGAAUGCCAACAUUCAUUCAGAAGUCAAUUUUUGGCGAGUAUGUUCAAACUCCAGCACUAAAUGUGGUCAGCACAUUUUUUGGGAUCUCACAGACAAGACUUCCAGCUAGCCACAUUCCACGAGUUAUUUUGAUGCUCUUUGUGUUUUUUUGUUUGAUAUUUCGAACUUGUUAUCAAAGCAAACUGUUUGAGUUCAUGACAAGUGAACCGAGACGUCCACCACUUAAAAGUAUUGAAGAUUUAAGGGACAGGAACUACACGAUGUAUACAAUAUUAACUAUGGAUUAUGUAGAUAGACUAAUUCAGGAUGAAAGAAAUGUUUGGCCGAAUGUCACAGAAAUCAGCACUUCUGAGUUCACUAGACUUUUUGAAUCACAAUCAAGGAAUGCUUCAGCAAAGCUAUCGCUCAUCAUUAACAUUGGAAAUAUCAAGAAUUUCGUGCAAGACCUUCAAAAAUCUUAUAAAUGGCAUAGAAUUCCAAAUUAUGGACUACAAGUAAGUCACACGGGCUUUGUUAUGGCACCAAACAACUUUUUCUUCAAUAUUCUCGAUGACAUUAUACAAAAGUUGAUACCAGCUGGAAUUAUUGAUUUUCUUAUCGAUUCAUGCAUUCACAGUGGCAUAAAAAUUGAUGAUUCAAAAGACUUGCUAGCGCUGUCUGUUGACAACUUAGCUUUUGGAUUUGUCAUUUGGUUUGGAUUUUAUUUAGCAUGCUUUCCGAUCUUUUUGAUGGAAAUUUUAACUAGAAAGAUAUUUGAGUGGACAACAAAGAUCAAGAAUAAGGAACAAGAGCUUCACUCAAACGAAGUUAAAAAGGAAAUUGAACAGUUUGUUACUGUUAUCAUUCAAAAAGUUGACAAAGGACUGGAAAUUGGAAAUUGGCAAUAG